AUGCCCACCUCCGCUGCCCCUCACGCCGAUGUUGGUGGCCUCCGAGCCGUGUCGACGGCGACGGCGACGGAGGCGUCGGCGCCGGCGGCGAGCGGCGCCGCAGCGCGGCAGAACCACCCGUUCCCGUGGCUCGAAGCGGCCAUCUCCGAGCCCUACUACUUCCUUCACCUCCUCGCCUUCUUCUCCUACUUCGCGGCCCGCAGUGCGGCGCUCGCCGCCGCCGACGGAGGGGAGCUACACGACCGCCUACUCCGCCGGGAGAUCCAGGCAGUGCUUGUGUUCCUCGUGCUCUUCGUAGUGAAGAUCGUGAGAGAGGAAACCUGGGAAACAUCCAUUGCUGAUUCACUGCUCUAUGCAAAGGGCUUAUUGCUGGCAGUUACUUUGGUUAUCGACUAUUGGUUGGCCCUUGGCUACUUUCUGGGAUUUGUUGUUAUAUAUGCUGUAGCUCAACAACCACCUUAUGAUGGCCUAGGUAUUUUUUAUACGUUCUUAUUCUAUAUUAAUUAUGGAUAUGACUAG